AUGGAGAACGGUUCAUUUUAUAUAAGAGCUGCUCUUCCUAAUUCUUCUACCACUCAGAGAGAGGAAGAGAAGAGGAGAAUCAUCCAGCAGGUUAAACUCAAACUUCUCUGUUUGACUCUUUUCUCUCUCAACAUUUGGACUUCUUUGAAUGAACUGGACCAACAAGAGCUCAUGUGUUUCCAGGUUUCUCCUCCAGAGUUGUAAUUAUAAAUCUGUUUCUUUGUUGAAGACAGCUCUCUCUGAUCAUCAUCAUCAUCAUCAUCAUCAUGUCCCUCAUCAAGUUUCUGGCUGUUGCUCUUCUUUUUGGCGCCAUGAUGGCAAAAGCUGAUCGUGAGUAUUAUUGCUCAUCUUUCACUCAAUUUCCAUGUCUGGACCGCCCUGUAACUUGAUCAGUGUUGGUUUGAUUUUCAUGAACUUCGUCUGUUUUCUCCUCAUCUGGAGUUUUGCAAAGCUUUCUCUGGAUCAUCCAGUAUGACGGUUCUGGCUGAGAGGGUCAAAAUGACUGAGUGUGUCAAUCUGAGGCUAACAACUAUGUUUCUAACUGUCCAGCUCUCCCGGAGCCAGAGCCAGAGCCAGAGCCAGAGCCAGAGCCGGAGCCAGAGCCGGCGCUGGAGUCAGAGACCGAGGCCGAGACCAAGGCUGAAGAUGAAGAGUUUGAAGCUGACGCUGAAGAGGGUGAGCUGAUUUUGAUGGUCACGGAUUUGUCUUCAGAGUCUUUCAAAACUAUUCACAUACAAACCAACCAUGUCCUCUGAUCAGAGGGAAAUAAACCAGUUGGUGUGCGGGCCUCCACUUCUCAUGAGUUCAGACUAAAGUCCAGUCUAUGGUAUGGUUACUCCAAAGGUAGAUUCCUAAAACUGAUGUCCUCUGUUGUUUCAUUUACCUCCUCAGAAGCGGCUCUCCUAUAUGAGAGAACUCCAACUUGUCCCAGUGGAUGGUAUCUUCUGUCUGGCCGCUGUUUCUUCUAUGAUUCCAAGGUCAGGACCUGGACUCAGGCUGAGGUAACCUGGAGGAUUUGGACUUCUUCAACUCUACCUUGAUUUGGUUUGAGAUUCAUUUUACUCAACUUUCUUCUGUUGAAACUCUUGACUGUCUGUGGACUUUCCUCUGCAGAAAAACUGUCAGAGCUUGGGAGGAAACCUUGCAUCCGUGCACAGCGCUGCAGAGUAUCACAAUAUCCAAUGGCUGGUUACCACGGUGACUCACAAACACGGAGUAGCAUGGCUGGGAGCCUCUGAUGCUGCAGAGGUAUUUGAUCACUACAUCAGGUCUCAGAGUUACACUGUGGAGCUUUAACUGAUCAGAUCUUUGUUUGAUCGUCCAGGAGGGUUCUUGGCUGUGGAGUGAUGGUUCAGCCUUUGACUAUAGGUACUACGGAGGAUUUGACAACUUAAACGGCAAGGAGCACUGUUUGCAAAUGAACGUCGGAGGUAAACCACAAAUUACUGGAGAGGAAACUCUUCAUCUGAGCUGAACAAACUAAAGCUUUGAUAGAUUCACAUUUUAACAUACGCUUGUUUUAUUAGAGAGUAUUUGGCUGUAACACCACCAAGGGUUUCUCUUAGUUUUAGUGGAGCACCAGUUUUUCUGUUUGGCAGUCCUGGACUAACUCCCGUGUCUUUGCCUCUUUCAGAGCACAAGUACUGGAAUGACGCGGAUUGUUAUCUUUAUCGUCCAAGCGUGUGCUCCAAAAAGCCCUGAGAGUUUCCAGGCUGCAGGACCCGAUGAAACCACCAUCACAUCAUCGCUCAUAUAUCUUCUUCUUUAUCCACUCUUUUCUUUCUCUGUCGCUGUAACACAACUUAAGGGAUGAAGCGACAAGUGACACAACAGGAGCUGGGAUGUCUCUGAGACUCGGUGGAAAUGUUCUGGAAAGAUUGCUUUUAGUACAACCUUGUUAUGUGAAGUCAACUUUUGUCUUCUUCUUCUUCAAUAAUAAAAUGUGCAAGCAUUAAAAGAAA